CCCAUAUGGUCCGCUGCCUCAAAAGUCUUUAAUUGAACUCGUGGUCGUCGAUGGCGGAUCAACAGAGAAUCCAUCCCGUCUCCGACAUCGAAUCGCCUCCACAAGCCUCUCCGACAGCCCCCUUGGUUCCAGUAGGCUCCACGAAAUCCGACCACGUUAACCCCGUCCAACAACAUCAACCCGACAACUCCCAUGGCACUGCUCCUGUUAACCAUACGAGAACUCCCAAGAAAAGGAGAAGCUGUUGGUGCAGGUGCUUGUGUUGGACACUGUCUAUUAUCUUGCUCCUAAUCGUCAUUAUAGGGAUCAUCGUUGGCAUCUUAUUCCUCGUUUUCCGACCGAAGCUGCCGGAUUAUUCCAUCGACGGUCUGGAGGUAACGCGGUUCAAUCUCAGCUCCAAUUCUAGCUUGUCUGCUGGCUUCGACGUUAACAUCACCGCCAGAAACCCCAACAGAAGAAUCGGAAUAUAUUACGAAGGAGGUAGCCGUAUAACCGUAUGGUACAACGAAACCCAACUGGUGCAAGGGUCUAUACCAAAAUUCUACCAGGGUCAUCGGAACACGACCGUGCUGGUUGUGCCGAUGUCGGGACAAAUCCAGAACGGUACCAACUUGCUGGCGUCGCUGCAACAGCAGCAGCUGCAGACGGGGAACAUACCUUUGUUGCUGAGGGCCAGACAACCUGUGAGAGUUAAGCUUGGGAGCUUAAAGCUGCCGGAAAUGAAGUUCACGGUUCGGUGCCGGCUAGUGGUGGAUGCUUUAUCUGCUAACAAUGCCAUCAGAAUUUCGAGAAGCAGCUGCAGGUUUAGGUUUAGGCUUUAGACCUCCAGUUUCUUGACUGCUGAAAUUAUAUUACUUUAUCCAUAUUUUUUUACAUACAUUUUAUUUUUCUUUAAUUUUUCAUAAAAAAU